GUCAAGUGUACUUGCCAAGAAGCCACAUCUCACUGGGGAGCGGCGACUAAAUGUCAUUCCUGAAGCCGAGGCAAGAGCCUUUUCUUCGGAUGUAGAGAGCCACCGUAUCAUCCUCUGGAGCGGAGAGGUCUGCGGCUUGUGCCAUGUUUAAAUGUCUUUUCAGCUGCAGCUGAUGGUUCACAGUGAAAAGUGAUGAACGGCUUCGAAUCUCCAAGUUUUGUGGCCUCCAUCUACCAAAGCAACGGCCAUGAUGUUCAGGAAGCUUUCAAGCAGAAGGCCAAGUCUGGUGCCAAAGCUCUCUACGAACAUCGAAAAUAUUUCACCAAGACCAGCAUCAACAGUCUGACUGACACAUCGCUCUACCAUGUGGAGCACCUGAUGACCUUCGUGCUGGACCGCAAAGAUGGCAUGAUCACGGUGGACGACGGCAUCCGUCGGCUGCGUCUGCUGGACGCCAAAGGGAAAGUCUGGACACAGGAGAUGAUGCUGCAGGUGGAGGAGAAGAGUGUGAGCCUGAUCGACCAGGAGACCAAGAACGAGCUGGAGAACUUCCACAUCGGAACAGUGCAGCAUUGCCAGGCAGUGAUGAAUGCCUGUAGCUAUGACUCCAUCUUGGCUCUGGUGUGCAAGGAGUCGGGUCAGAUCAAAGCUGACCUGCACCUCUUUCAGUGUGACCACAUCAAGGCGAAUCUGAUCCAAGCCGACAUAGAAAGUGCCAUGAUUGAUGCCAAAGGGGGGAAAGUGAAGAAGAGACCCGAGGCGCUCAAGAUGAUUCUGAAAAGUGACGGAAUCAUCCCGCCGCCCCCAGCUGCUCCGGCUCCGGAGCCUCCAGAGUCUCCGGGUCAGCUGGAUGUCAAGAGCCGAGCGGCGGCCUGGUCUGCCUGGACCAAUGAGCAACAGGAGUCAGAUGACAAGCGGAGAGCAUCGGUGGAGGUGGACGGCUCGGUGGAGAUGGCUGCAGCCCGAAUUGACAGAGAAGUGCAAAUCCUGAACCACAUCCUGGACGACAUCGAGUUCUUCGUCACCAAACUGCAGAAGGCAUCCGAGGCCUUCAGUGAGCUGUCCAAGAGGAAAAAGGUCAAGAAGGGCAAAAAGAAAAUGCCAGGAGAGGGAGUGCUGACCCUGCGAUCCAAACCUCCACCUGAGGACGAGUUUGUCGACUGUCUGCAGAAAUUCAAAUAUGCAUUUAACCAGCUGGGGAAGCUGAAGCUGCACAUCCAGAACCCAAGUGCUGAUGACCUGCUGCACUUUCUCUUCACUCCUCUCAGAAUGGUGAUCCAGGCGUCUGGCAGCGUGGAGCUGGCUCGCAGCGUGGUGGUUCCCCUGCUCACCAGAGAGGCCAUUGACUUCCUGCACGGUGCUGGAACAGCUGAAGAGCGGCACCUGUGGGUCGCACUGGGCGAUGGAUGGACCAAAUGCAGGUUGGAGUGGCCCAAGGAUCACUACUUCCCUCCCUGUGUGCUAAAAUUUCGGGAUGGGUGGGAGCCUCCCCUGGUGCCAAUAUCAACGCCCUCCCACAAACGUGAGAUGACCCGGCUGGCUGAGAGUCUGGCCAAUGGUGAAGUCCAACAUCAGGAGCGGGCGGCCGUGAAGUACCCCACUGACGGGUACGCAGUCAACAGCACCCCCUACAAGCGCAUGCUGGACCAGGACGCUGCGGCAGAUGCGAUUAGACAGGCAGUCAACCGCCAUGUUGACCGAAACUUUGAGGCAGACAUCCGAAAUGAACCAAAACUUUUUGCCAAAUCCAAGUACGACUUUGUGGCGAGAAACAACACUGAGCUGUCUGUGCUGAAGGAUGAAGUGGUCGAGGUCCUGGAUGACAGGAAACAGUGGUGGAAAGUGCGGAAUGGUGCCGGGGAGUUCGGUUAUGUGCCAAACAACAUCCUGGAGCUGACGAAGGCGGUGGACAUGACAGGCAGAGGAGAAGGUGUCUACAGUCACACCAUCCAGCUCAUGAUGCCAAAAAAGGAGUUUGAGUUGUUCAAGCAACUGCUGGGAGAGCUGAACCAGAAACAGACGACCCGGUCGGACCCCUUCCCCGCUAAGCCAGCAGCGACACCGAUGCCUCCGGUCCCCACGCCACCUCCUUCAGGUCCUGCCAGACUCCCCACUCCACCACUGCCCCCACCGGCCGCUGAACCCGUCAAGCAGCCAAACAACAGCGUCAGCACCAUAAGUCGGCAGAACAGCACCACGUCCAGCGACGUCACCAGCGUCGCCAUGAGGGAGAACAACAACCCCAAGCCUGCACUUGCCAACCGUCGGAAGUCCAACAUGGAGGAAGUUCAGGAUGAGCUGAUUCAGCGACUGACCAUUGGCCGCAGCGCUCAGAAGAGGUUUCCUCAACCAAGUCGCGGUACCGGCCUGCCAGCAAUCAGCAUCACGUACGACUCGCCGCCUGCCGAGGUCCGGCACUGGUUGGAGGCCAAAGGCUUCAGUGCAGUCACCAUCAGCAGCCUCGGUGUCCUCACCGGAGCACAGCUCUUCUCCCUCAACAAAGAGGAGCUCAAGACUGUUUGUCCUGAUGACGGAGCUCGUGUCUUCAGUCAGGUGACCGUCCAGAAGGCGGCGCUGGAGGUGAGUGACCUCACACAAGAUCUCAAACACAAUCCUGCAUAUUUAGUGGACGACUCUGAAUCAGUUCCUCCCAGAACAUCAAUGUUUGUAACGGUAUAUUUUUGGAGUGAGAGAUUUAGCAAGAACCACUAGGGUCAGGUAUCUGCACCACUGAGCCCAAAUGGGGAACUACACUUGAGUUCAUCCUUGAUCUCACCCAUGGAUGGCAGAGAAGCUCUCUGCCUUGUUCUCUCACAGACAAGCAGUAUGAACUCACAAGUGGGAAUCUCAUGACUUGAUAGGGAACAUUGUCACUGUCACUCUGCAUCCAUUGGUGUCCCUUUGAAAGACUCCUGACCGUGCUGUUGAUGUGUUUAUCCAUCAAUAAUCAUCAUUACUUUUCUUAAUAUUUGGUCAGUUACUUAUAAAGUCAUGACUCAAUAAAAUCCCCCAUUUGUUUUUACCCUCUUUCCCGAGAUCAUGUUGAAAAAACCUGUGGCAUGUUUUCAUUCCAAAUGAUCUGAAAUACAGUUUGCAUCGAAACAUCUGGUCUUUUGAAACGUGUGACGGUGGAAAAGCAAAUGAUACACUGCUGGUCACUGAGUUUCCAGCAUGCUGUUUGGCUCACCUUCAAGUCCUUGUCUCUGGGUGCGUCUGCAGACCUGUUGAGGGUCUCUGUCUGGUCUGUGGUGUCUCUCUCCGCCUGCAGGUCUUCUUCUGACCCCCUUAUGAUCUUCUGACUCGGUUCAGUCCCUCAGGUAUCACCUACAUCAGCCGAGACGCCGCCCUGGUGGUCAGAUUGAAAGCCUUCAGACACAGACAAUCGGUGAUCAUUCCAUCCACCAAAAGAGGAGAUUCAGUUCCUUCAUAUAUCCAUCUUAAGUCUGACCAGCAGGGGGCUUCUCAUUUUAGGAUAGCAGCACCUUUGAGGUAGCACUGUUUGCUUGUGCUCCCAAGACCCCAGAAUGAACCCGAUUCUUCACCUGUGACCCCACAACUCUAGAACCCUGAACAAAAGGCUGCAACUGUAUAAUUGUGUUCUGCUUGCUAGCAUAGCUUUGAUUAGCGAUUCUGCUUCCCACGUUGCACCUCCACCACAGUGAAUAAGUUUUGUACAAUUUGGAUUAUCAAUAUCAUGGAAAAUCAGAAUCAGAACUUAUAUUUGCUUUAGACAUUACCGCAGAAACUGGUGGGGUUCCUCAGAGCUCCAUUCUUGACCCUCUGAAUGGUUGAAGGUGCAGAUAUUUUUUAAUCAAUGUUAAAUCAGAGAUGACUAUAAAUAUUUUGCAUUUCAGGUAGUUUUUAAACACCAGAUCCCUGUUGUAGAACCAAUAUGACAUAGUCAGAUAUAGAACCCACAAGAAUUAUAUCUUGUACCUUGGUGUCUACUCGAUGCAUCACAAACAGAAUGUUGUUUGCACACAAGACUCCCUUGUGUGAGAAACAGAUUACAGCAGUGGAGUUCCACAGGGCUUCGUUUUUGGCCCUUAUUCAAGAAUGGCAAUUAUAUUUGAUUCAUGGUUUGUUUAUCGUGCUAAAUAUUUAAACAGGCAUUAUUAUUAUGACAUUAUUAUUAGGUAUCAUAAGGUAGUUGACACUUACAAAGUCUUUAAAGUCAAUAUUGUACAAAACUGUCAAUUUCAUGUCGGGUUUGGCAUGAAGGUUGCUAGAGUGUUCAGCUGUGUAGCAAACGUGUGAGUGUUUUUAGCCGGUUGAGGUUGAUCUACUUUGCAAACAAAUGCUUUUCUGAUGACGGUGAGUAACUCAAUGUUUUGGUUGCGACGUUUUAAACUGAAGAUGGUUUCACGAAGAUCUUAUAUACAUUGAUAUUUCGGUGUACCAAAUAUCUGUUUACAUUGACAUGAAUAUUUAAAGAUGUGUGCAAAUGAAAGACGCCUCUGUGUCGACGGUGCACAUCUGUUUCUUUUACACUUCUCAGGCCGGUAAAACCUAAAUCACCAGUGAAUGGGAUCUUUGUGGAACCACGUUUGUAGUCUAAGUGCAUGCUGUUUUUACCCAGCAUGCACCCUGACUAUCAGCUGACUGUAGAAAUGCUUGUUCACAUGCUCUUCACAGCUAACAGCAGGUGCUAAGUGCUUUUGGGGAUGUGUGGAGGUGUUCACUGUGAUGGUGGGAGGAAAUAUAGGGCCUUGUAUUUGAUGCAACUAGAAUGUCUCUUUUUAUAUAUUUUAUAUCUCGACUAUUUCAUACCUCAAUUACAUUGUGUUUGACAAGUGUUUUUUUUUUUUUGUGAAAAAAAAUAAAUCAGAAAAAUAUGAUUUUGUAAUUGUUUUCAUGGUUUGCCCAUAACUUUGCUGUUUCCUACUUUUUAUAAUAUAUUUAUUGAUUUAAAAUGAGAAUAUUAACAUAAUCUAGCUGGCUAUCAUCGUAUACUUUUUUUUCCUUUUUAUUUUUACUGAUGUUAUUAACAUUUUUUUCCAUCAUAUCUUGCUUUGGCUUCCUUCUGUCUCAUGGCCUGAUGGCCCCUCAGAAUAUAAUGUGGGCCCCAAGGAAAGUGAAUUGCCCACCUCUGAGUUCGCAGUCGUGCACCUCCACAGAAUUUCCCACAAGCUUGCUGGGCCUCUCUGUCUGUUUUUGUCACGUGAUCUUUACUUUGUCUCCGUUCUUCUUCUCUGCAGAGGAGCUCAGGCUCCGAGCUGCAGGAGAUCAUGAGGCGGCGGCAGGAGAAAUUGGCCGCUAGCACCUGCGACUCUGGGGUGGAGUCCUUUGAUGAAGGCAGCGCCCACUGACGGAGUUCCUCCUUGCUGCCUCACUGUCUCUGCCCCUCUCUACGUCCUCAGGCAGCGGUUGAUCGAGCCAAGUUCGUGGAGAUCAUGCGGCGCAGACAGGAACUCCUCAGUUCGUCUCCAUAGAAACCGUCAGGAAUGUUCUGCCAUAUUUGCCUGAAGUUCAAAAGACUGUUAAAGUGUGUCUGUGAAGAAGAAUAUAAGACUUUCUCUUGUGGCAUUUCAGUCUUUUCUUCCAAAAUAAACUGACAAUUAUUAAAAAAUGGGGAGCAGAACGGUUUGCAUAAAAACAGUGAAUGUGCAAUACAUAUGAAGCUAUACAGUAUAGAGCAUACGUUGUAUUCUUCAUACUUGUGGAGCCGAAGUGAUGAAGUCAUGAUUUUCUGUGUGAAUGUAAGUGGAGGGGAAGAUUCCUGUCUAAGACAACAGAACAGAAAGCUGAAGAUUCCAGUCUUUGUCAUUUUAAAUCAAAUGUCUUGAAGGACAUUCAUUCCCAAAAUCAGAUUCUUUUAUUCCUUACAUAUUUAAGUUAUUUUAGCUGAAGAAACUAAGACUAUUAAUGAUACAUUUAAGUAAUUUAUUCAUAGAAUCAAUAAGUAAGUAGAAAAAAAAUGUAUAUUUUAUUUGUAUUUUUGUUCUGAAAGAUUGUCAGUUUCCUUAAAAGCAAAUAGAAUGUUACGAAUGUUAUCUAAAAUGUCUGAACGCAAGUCUGAUGAAUCAUCUGAAAGAAUGAAAAAAUGUGUACAAUUUCAGAUUUGUUUUCCUGGCAAGCUUGUUUAGUAGUUUCUUUAAAUGCACAAGAGCUCGAUAUUAGAACUAUGAUAAACACAGUAGGAGUGUCUUCAGUUUUGCACCUUCUGUUUCAGAUUGUUGAGGGCCUCUUAAAGGAAUGAGCGCUAGGUUUUGUGAAGACACCUGUUGUUGACAGGAGCACAUUAUUCAACGUUAACAAUCCCUAAACGUGUGUAAUGUCUGGGAUGUUUUUUAUGAUAGCCACUUGUUAUUGAGCACGUGAAAGGAUGCUCGCUACAUUAGCUUCAUCUGUUGGUUAAACUGACACACGCUGUAGAUUUAUAAUACCGUGGAAUGGAUCAUUUAAAAUAACAAAGAUGGCUUGUAGAGGCGAAAUAUCUGUUCACGUACUGUAGAGCGUGGUAACUCAGUUACGCUAGUGUCAUUGACCUGUUGGUGACUUGGCCAGCCGGAGUAAACCCACAAAUGUUGUCCUGUAAAUACAAAUGUAACCUGUAAAUAACUUCAAAUCACUUGAGCUAUGGUGAACCAUUUCAAAUAAGACGGUACAAAAUGGCAUCUUUUAGAUUUAGGUCUUGAUUUCUAGACGAAUUGGUGAGUUCCCUUAUUUACAUGGCAAAAUACGUUUUCACACAGACACCUGAUAUUUCCGAGCGUUUCUGUCCGGGCUGUGGAAAGAGCCAUGCUGUUCUAGGUUUGUUCAUGCUGGACAUGGAUUCCACUUCUUCAACCUUGUGCCCCGGAUGAAAUAUAAUCAUUAUGUUGCUUUCAUAAAUGGAAUCAAGUGUUCUACAAGCCAAUCACAAAGUAUUUUACACGUAUGUUUAUAGUUAUCAUGGUGCCUUUUCCAUUUAAACAGUCGUCAAAAUUCCAUUUGAAAAUGGAUGUCUCCUGGUUUUGCCACAUUUGGAAGCUGAAUAAAGGAAUACGUCACUUCUCA